AUGAACUAUUAUUCAGAUAGCGGUCGCUUUCAUGACGGCCAUUGCCAUCUGUCGCCUUCAAUCAACGCGGAAACAUUUGAAAGGUUUAGAGACGUGAUUUCUCACGCAUUUUGCCAUAUAGAUAAGCCUCUGGUAAACUUGAUGUCCACAAACCACAUAGAUUUGCACUUUAUUUACCAGUUAGCAUUGGAAAUUCCCGCUGUCUUUCCGUCUUAUGGUAUCCACCCAUGGUACUCACAUCUCUUUUCCACUGUCCCAGUCAAUACAGAAGAAGAAAAACGAAACCACUAUCACGAAAUCCUCAAUCCUGCCCCGUCGGAAGAGCUCUUGGCAAAUUUACCUAUGCCUAUUUACCUGGAAGAUCACACAAAAACCGUCGAACAGUAUUUGGAAGCAGGCGGAGCAAUUGGAGAAAUUGGACUGGACAAAGCGUUUCGCGUCCCCAAUUCUGGAUUCAUGGGACUUUCAGAGAAUUCCGGACUGAGUCCUUGCCGAGUGUCAAUGGAUCAUCAGAUCAAAAUAUUUGAGACGUUCUUAUGGAUCGCACAAGCAAAGAACAGGCCUGUGAGCAUUCACUGUGUUGGAUGCCAUGGCAAGCUGCUUGAUAGUGUCCAGAAAAUCAUGAAAUCUCCCGGCUUGCAAAGUUCUGAACUUAGAUAA